AUGAGGGAGGCGUCAAAGGAACAAAUUAAGGCCAUGAGCGAGCAGGCUUCUUCAUCAUCCGAGGGUGGGCGUCGGUGGAGCAUACACAAAAGUGAGACGAGGGGCCCGUUCAACCUGUUGAAGAAACACCCCAUCUAUUCUAAUAGCUAUGGACAACUCUACAAGGCCCAACCUAACGACUACCAGCAGCUCAAAGACCUUAACGUCUCCGUCAUAUUUAGCAACAUCAGCCAGGGAGCCGGGGCAAUGCUAGUUCCCUUGUACAACAUGAGGUCGACCAGGAUAGCUUUUGUAGUGAAAGGGAGUGGAUGGUGUGCCCACACAUUUCCAGUCAGAACCAGAGAGGAAGAGAAGGAGAAGGUGGUGGGGUAUAGUUUCAUGAUUCCACUGGAGCAUGUGUUCACCGUCGUUGCUUCCGAGAAAGAGAAUCUGCAGAUAAUUGUAUUCGGGAUAAAUGCCCAGGAUAACAAGAGGAACUUCAUCGCUGGGAAAGAACACAGCGCGAGGAAACAGAUGGACAAGGAGGUGAAGGAGCUGGCUUUUGACAUGGGAGGAGUCGUUCUUUGUUCCUUGUCCCCUGAAGCAGAAGCAGCGCCACAAACACAAUAA